AUGCCAAAUACCCAGACAGUCGACGUCCCCCAUCUUGGUGGCAUAAAAGCCGCUUACCAAACAUCCGGUCCCGUGGAUUCGUCCAAGCCUACUCUGAUUCUGAUAAACUCCUUCACCACAUCGUCAGAGCUAUACCGCGAUGCGUACAAGAAUGAAGCACUCACUUCUGUGAUGAAUUUGGUCUCUAUCGAGCUAUUAGGUCAUGGACAAACACGCGCCAAGAGUGAGAAUUGGACGUACUGGGAUACUGCGAUUAUGAAUCUACAGGUCAUGGAGAAGUUGGGAAUUAAGAAAGCUUUUGUACUUGGUACGAGCCAGGGAGGAUGGGUGACCGUGAGGAUGGCGCUUUUGGCGCCUGAGAAGAUCCUCGGCAUUGUCCCCCUAGGAACAUCCCUAGACUAUGAGUCACCCCGCUCUCGCGACCUAGGCUGCUGGCACUCCGUCGAGCCCCUCGCCGAGCGCAUCACUGGCGAGUUCGGCACCACAUCCAACAAGCCCACACCCGACUUCACUCCUAGUACCGAUUUCUGCAACUUCCUCAUCGAUGUGGGCUUUGGAAAAGAGGAAUGCCCAGAAGAUGUUCGAAAGUUUUGGAAUGAUGAGAUUAAGAAGAACUACCAGGGGGAUGAAGGUCGGCGGAGGAUUAGGAUGUGUGCGAUUAAUCUGAGAGAUCGGGACGGUUUGCAUUUGAGGUUGAGUGAUGUGGUUUGUCCGGUGUUGUGGUUGCAUGGAACUAGCGAUGCUGUUUACUCGGUCGCAAAUGCCAAAGAAGAGAUUAAACUCUUUACCAACUCGCCUGAUGCCAAGUUGGAGGUUAUUGAGGGUGGACAGCACUUCUUGAGUGCGUCGAAUCCGAAGGAAGUCAAUGAGCAUGUUAUUGCGUUCGUGAAGAAGUAUGGCAAGUAA